AUGGCUGGCCGGGCAGGAAGCAGUAGAUUGUCAGCAGAGCGCUCAGCCAAACCCACCCUUGGGAUCUCCAGCCAAUAUCCCACCUCCCCACCCACCCCAGUCUCCCUCCAGCCCACAUUCUCCCUGCCCGCCCAGUCCGCCCGCUCUCCUGAGUUGAGCUCUCGAACCAGCUCUCGGAUAGCCGACCAAAGAACCUUGCCACUCGCCCAAGCCGGUCUUCCUGCUCCAAGCCGAGAGACCCUCAAUCGAUCCGACCCUCUCUGCGAGCCCGAGCUCAGUCGUCAAGAGCGCUGGCUGAGCACCCCCUGCGUUCUUCGCACCUCUGCAAAUAAGUACAUAGACCUCCAGCUGUCUUGGGCAUAUAUCCAUACCCGCCAGCCUGUAACCCCCCUCCAAGAGUAA